CGACUUAUAGUGAAAUUUGUUUAUAUGAAGUUUAUUUAAGCUAAAUUAAUUAAAAAUAUUACAUUUGCAAGAGCGAAAAUAUGUACUAUUGGAGGAGAAGGACGCGCAUAAUAAGAAGCCAAAUGUAGUUGUCUUCGAGAAUCGUGAUGAAGCUAUUCUAACAGAGAUGGACAUCGGACCGUACUUAAAGAUAGAAUUGGAUGCCUUUAUAAUUGUUGACAACGUCAACGGACCACAUAUUGCAGCAACAGCAACCAAGUAAGAGGCAUAAAAAUAUCAAUUGGGGCCUCACAACAGAAAUCUCUAGGACUCUCCGUGCCUUGCAAGGCUUUCUCGUGCCUUGACGGACUUUUUCGUGCCUUUUCGUGCUUUUGCGUUUGGGCACGAAGCUCUUUUUGCCGAGUUGGCAGCCCUUAAGCAGCUGUUGCUGUGAACGAAGUGUUUACACGCAAUUGAUUAAAAUUGGAUUCUAGAAUAAUUUAUGUUAACUUUAUGUUUUAAUGCACUGCAUUGUCUACAAUGAGCGAGAAUUUGGAGCUGAAAUACAUAAAAGUAGAGCAUAUAAAAGAGGAGGACGUAAGUGUUGAUUGGCAUUCCGCCGAGACGAUGCUGGCCAAAACUGUAGGAAAGAAGGAAAUCAAAACAGAGGACGACUAUGCUGAAAUUGACAUAGGACCUAUCCAGGUAGAGCUGGACAGGCCCACAAAAUGUCAGAGUCGGGGCAGCGUAAAGCAGCGGCACAAGCAGAAAGGAGCGCCAGGCAUAAAGAGUAAUAACAGUGGCAAGCAGAGCAAUCAGUGCCCCUACUGCCCGCGCCACUUCGAGAUGCGCUACGAACUCCAGAUACAUCUGCGCAUCCAUACGGACAAUCUGCCGUACAAGUGCCAACAAUGUCCGAUUAGCUUUGCCCACAUCGCAAACUACAGAGCCCAUAUGCGUGGCCACAAGGACAGAUGUCCCUACAAGUGUCCACAUUGCCCGAAUGCCUACGAUCAGUAUGCACACUAUCUGCUCCAUAUGCGCACGCACGCCGUGUCGCUCCAGUGUCCACACUGUCCGCGAGUCUUCUUCAAGCAUUGCAGCUUUAUGCGGCAUUUCAAUGCGCACAACAGCAACAAAAGCGAAUUGCUGCGCUACAAGUGCAGCCACUGUCCGGAAACCUUUGCCCAGCUCUCGAGGUGCAGGGCGCAUAUGAGGAGACACGACAUGCCUGCCAGCUAAUGUGUACCAAGUGCAAUGAAUUGCCUCGGAUCAAUGUCUGAUGGAGAGAACGAACCCCCAAAAGCCUGCGUCUGCUCAAACUUUAGAGUCUGUUGAGAAACGCAAAAGGGUCUUUAAAUCUUAAAUCUCAAGCAUCAUCUUUUAAUACAAAAUCUUAGAAAUCAUAUACAAAAGUUUUACCACAACAUCUUAUACAAUAGUACUUAGUUUUAAGUGAAUUUGUUAAUUAAUAAAAAAGCUUGAAUGUACAGUGGAAGCUGUUUUGAACAGCAUUUUCUCCAAUU